ACUGAUUACACUCCCAGCUAAGUAGUCUUAGACAUUUGCAGAACUCCUGCCUGUUGGCCCCACGAUUCCACAUCCAUUCUCCAGCUGGUGCUAUGCCCCACUCAUCCUCAACCCAUCCGUCAGCCUUCCGCUCAUCCCCUCUGCCUUCUUCCUCCAUUCUCCCUUCAUCUUCCCCGCGAUGCUGUUACCAUUGGCUGCCCGUUAAAAGCGCCGUACUCCCCCCUCCCAGACCUCCUCUUCCCCGAGUCCGCCCCUCCCUUUCGGCCGGCUUCUCACCAUCCGCCGGGUCGCGCAGCCACAUCAAUGGGACAUCAGUGCGGGGGAGGCGGCGCUGAUAAGCAGAAUAACGGCGCGGCGGAUAAAGUGUCUCACGGUUGCAUUGGACGUCCCCGGGCGUCUUCGCGGAAACAGCAUCGCUCUCGGGCUGCUCUUCUCCCUUUGCGUCCCGUCCGAUGAGAAUGAAGUAGCCCCGGGCUGGGAGGUGCCGCUGUGUGGGAAGGUGUCAUGAAGUUGGCCGCUGCCCUCCUCUGCGCGGCGCUCUCGCUGGCUGCGGCCACCGUCCGAGCCCUGGAGGAUUUCGUAUCCCUGGCCGAGAUGGAGGAUUCCCUCCUGAGGAACCUCUUUCUUGGAUACCAGAAAUGGGUCCGGCCUGUCCUGCACGCCAACGACACCAUCACCGUCCGAUUUGGCCUCAAGAUCUCCCAGCUGGUGGAUGUGGAUGAGAAAAACCAGCUUAUGACCACCAACGUCUGGCUGUGGCAGGAGUGGAUCGAUUAUAAGAUGCGGUGGAACCCAGAAGAUUAUGGUGGGAUCACAUCCAUCCGAGUUCCUUCAGAGACCAUCUGGCUGCCUGACAUCGUGCUGUAUGAGAACGCUGAUGGACGCUUUGAGGGCUCUCUGAUGACGAAAGCGAUCGUCAAGUUUAACGGCACCGUUACUUGGACGCCGCCGGCCAGCUACAAAUCCUCCUGCACUAUGGACGUCACCUUCUUUCCCUUCGACCAGCAGAAUUGCUCCAUGAAGUUCGGCUCGUGGACCUAUGACGGCCACAUGGUGGACCUGGUCCUGGUGGAUGAUCAUGUGGACCGCAAGGACUUUUUUGACAACGGGGAGUGGGAGAUUCUCAAUGCUACCGGGGCCAGAGGCAGCCGCCAGGACGGGGUGUACUCUUACCCCUACGUCACCUACUCCUUCAUCCUCAAGAGGCUCCCGCUCUUCUACACGCUGUUCCUCAUCAUCCCGUGCCUGGGUCUGUCAUUCCUCACCGUGCUGGUCUUCUACCUUCCCUCCGAUGAGGGUGAGAAGCUCUCGUUGUCCACCUCCGUCCUAGUUUCCCUCACCGUCUUCUUACUGGUCAUCGAGGACAUCAUCCCUUCCUCGUCCAAGGUCAUUCCACUCAUCGGCGAGUACCUCCUCUUCAUCAUGAUCUUCGUCACCUUCUCCAUCAUCGUAACUGUCUUCGUCAUCAACGUUCAUCACCGCUCGUCCGCCACCUACCACCCCAUGGCGCCCUGGGUGAAGAGCCUCUUCUUGCAGAAGUUGCCCAGGCUGCUGUGCAUGCGGGGUCACACCGACCGCUACCGCUAUCCGGACAUUCAGCUACGUAGCCCUGAGCUCAAGCCCCGGUGCAAAAAGCAAGCCAGGCCUCAGGCUGGCAAGGAGGAUGAGAACAUCGCCUGGCUGGCCUUGCUGGAGAGGGCCACCGAUUCUGUGCGGUACAUCUCCCGGCACAUCAAGAAAGAGCAUUUCAUCCGUGAGGUGGUCCAGGACUGGAAGUUUGUGGCCCAGGUUUUGGACCGUAUUUUUCUGUGGGCCUUCCUCACCGUGUCCAUCCUGGGCACCAUUUUUAUCUUUACCCCAGCUCUGCAGAUGUACCUCAGCACACCUUCCUGAGUCCUUCUGGAGGGCCAAACAUCAUCAUCAUCGUCGUCAUCAUCGUCGUCAUCAUCGUCGUCAUCAACAUCAUCAUCAACAUCAUCAUCAUUAUUAUCGUCGUCAUCAUCAUCGUCAUCAUCAACAUCAUCAUCGUCAUCAUCAUUAUCAUUAUCAUCGUCAUCAUCAUCGUCGUUGCUGUAUCCCCAUCAUCAUGUAUAGGCUGACUUUGGCUCCAAGGUGAGCUGUGAGAUUUUGGCCUAGUGCCCUUAAAACCCUACAAAUGUCAUCCUUGUACCAGUUUCCCAACCUAAAUCGACUGUAUAUUCCCAAAAUCUGUAUGUACUGUAAAUCUAAGGACAUGAUCGGUACAUAAAAUGCAAAAAAUAUACAGUCUGGCUUGAUGCCUCAUUAAUCCUGCCAACACUGCAGUUACUGUACAGAAUCUGCACCUUCUGGGUGCUCAUCAGCUAUGAUACAGUAAGCACCUGUCAGAAAUGGGUCGGCGGAAUGUGCCAGACUGUCUCACAACCACACAUCCAUGGGACUUUGAAAUAACCUACGUUUUCCUCCCCUGCACACUGAAAAAGUCCCUUCAGUCACGUCAUCCAUAGCUCCUGCUCCCUUUCACACGUUCGAUUGUGUUCCAGAAGAACAGCAGCAUGAUUUGUUGAGUGGAAAAUCCUACUCUUUGAAACUGCCUACGUGUGUCAAUGCCUAGACUCCAGGGAGGAUGAAAUUUAUAUAUAUGUAAUAUGUGUAACAUUUAUGGCAUUUGGGUACGCUAAAUUAAACUCAGGAUUAGUUGAUUUUAGAAUAGUUAACUCAAGAAGUUCAAGCAUUUCCCUUUGGGAUCGUUAAACUUUAAGUAAUGUAAUUUACCACAACUUUUGGUUUGACCACUAGAUGGCAGCAAAUGUUCAUUUACGUUUGAAGCCAUUUAAAAAAAAUAGGUAAUAGCUGUCUAACUAUAACCCAUAUUUCUUGACUUAUGUCAUCACUUGUCUGCGUUUUUAACGCAUGGGUUUUAUCAUCUGGUUCUGUAUUUAAC